AUGAUGUUCAGCAAAUUCACCGUAUUCGCCUUGUUGGCCUUAACCGUGUUGGUCGUGCCGGCCAUCGGACAUCCGACCGAAGAGGUGGCGUCCGGGAUCGAGGAAACCGCGUCGACGGUGAAAAACGGUAUCCGCGGUUGGCUGAAGAACGUCCAUGCGAAAAUCGCGAAACACGAAGAGAAUUGUACUCACGGCGGCGUCAUAAGUUGGGUGAAGAGCAAACUGGGGUUGGCGAAAAAAUCCACUACCGAGACGCCGACGACGACCACCACCACCACCGUCCCCGAGGAAACCGAUUAUUCCAGUGGUUACGUGCCGAUAACCUCGGUCGUAAACCAAGGAGAACCUACAGGAGAAGGCUACGCGCCCGCCGGCCCCGACGACGACGUCAUCCCGAUAUUGGACGACUCCUCUGUGACGGAAACCGAAAACUAUAGCGGCAACGAGUCUGCGGAUGCAGUGCCGACUUACCCGUCGGUGGCCGCUAAUAUCGUCGACCCAGCGGAUCCCGAAAUCGACGUUCGAGGACAAUUCUAA